AUUAAGCAGCUUCAGUAUGAUUGACUCCCAUUUCAAGGGUGAAAUACUAGUGUGGCUGAGAAUUUCAAAGAUGAAUUAUGUAAUACAACCCUCUUGCUUUGAUUUUUAAUAUAGUAAUAUGGUGCAGCUUUGCCUUCUUGUUCUCCUAUCUUUAUGACAUCACAUAGUAAUGUGAAAGUAUAAAAGACAAUCAUUUUGGAGUGCUACAAACACACACACUUACACACAUCUUGUUACAUUAAGUCCAUAAGUGCUCCAGCAGGUCACAGAUCAAUCAGAAUUAACAGCAGCCCACCCACACUCAGGUCAUCAUUUUAAGUAGCUAGCUGUCUGAUUUAGUUUGAGUGUGUGAGACAGAGAAAGAGAGAGAACUCAGGAGGGUGAAAUAGCCUAUAUGAAUGAUUAGUUUCAUCAGUCCAAAGGGUUUUUUUCCCCCUGAUGUCUAAAACAUAAUUACAGGAACUGAAGUAGAAAAAUAGCCUUUGGGUUUGGAGGCAAAGCUUAAUUAGUUUGUUAAUUUUAAACGAUCUGCCAAGCCAGCAUGUGGUCAUAGCUAAAGUAAAUAUGAAACAAGUCGUGUUUCAGCAUGGAGGGAGGCCUCAGUGAUCUUUUCACAGACUAACCUUUAAAUGUGACUUGACAGGCACCACAGGCUUAACAUUAUAUCACUCAAGAAAAAUCAACGCAAGGUGUUAAAAAAUAGGAGGCGACAUGCAUUUGCAUUCUCUGUCAAUCUCUAUUGUCUACUUACACUUCAGAAUCUAUAAUGUGUUUUUCUUUAGGUGCCAAAAAAAAAAAAAAAAAAAAAAUCACACACUUGCUUAUUGUCAAGUAUAUGACAUAAGCAAACAUCAGCUAUAUUAUGCUUAAAAUCCUAGAGCUAAUGGAAUUUCUUAUUAUAAUUUGGAAACAGUUAUCAAAUUUAUAAAAUAUGAUUAUGGAAAAUAUCUGACUGAAUACCUAAAUGAACACUAAAUGAAUUAUCUGUUCAUGAAAGUUUAUAUAUUGAGUCAAUUGGAACAAAUAAAUAAAUUUCUUGUAAUCUUUGAUGCUGUGCUGAUGUGUGCGGCUGGUUGCGUGGAAACUGAUCAGUGCUCUCUCUUCUCUCUCUCUCUCUCUCUCUCUCUCUCUCUCUCUCUCUGCGUCCAGACACGUCCAUGGCUCGCGCAGCGUGCGGAUCUCCAGCACUGAACUAGACGGAAUAUUUGUGCAAAUGACACUGAACUCCCAUCUCUGCUGCAAACACACGAAGGCGAAUGCCGAGAAGAGCAGAGGAGAUUUCAGAAGACAGAGAGGAAAAAUGCUUGCAAGCUGUUGGAGAUUUUGAUGUUGGAUACAGCCUCCUGGAUGCUCUCAGCACAGGUUGUACUCUAAAGGGAUUAUGCUCGCCGUCCCACAAUGCUGCUACCCUCAGGUUGGCUACUUCGGCACUCUGUGGUCAUGUGGUUGCUGUUUCACAGCUUGGUGCUGAUGACACUGUGUUUCCACCACGCUGCAACUUCCUGCUCCAAACGUUGUUACUGUUCAGACAGCGAGGGCUCAUUUGGUGGCAAGACCAUGCGCUGCAGCAACCUGCAUCUUACUGAGAUCCCUCAGGACAUUCCCAAUGACACACGACGUCUCUACCUGGACUACAACCUCCUGACCAGCAUCCCUGCCAAUGCUUUUCAUGAUCUUCCACUGCUAGCUGAACUAGAUCUUUCCCAUAAUGAACUGGCUUUGCUUGAACCUGGAGCCUUUAGAGGCUUGGCAGCCUCACUACAGUUUCUGGAUCUCUCGUCCAACCAGCUCACAAUGCUGGACCCAGAUGCCUUUGAAGGUGUUAGAGCAAGAUCAAAUCUCACAGGAAACCCCUGGCACUGUGACUGCAGGCUGCAGACAGCCCUUCCACGCCUGGACCUAGAGCCCGUGUCUUUGACUGGCAUUAUCUGUCAGACGUCUGAACCCUCAGACUCUGGAGCCCAAGGUGUGCCUUUCCUGCUGGCCAAAGACCUGGACCUGUGUGUGGUGCUCAAAAAGACCACGGACGUGGCCAUGUUGGUGACCAUGUUUGGAUGGUUCACCAUGGUCAUCUCCUACCUGGUCUACUAUGUGAGACACAAUCAGGAAGAUGCCAGGCGCCACCUGGAGUAUCUCAAGUCUCUGCCCAGCAGGCAGGGCAAGUCUGAGGAGUCUUCCACCAUCAGCACUGUGGUAUAGCACCAGGCCAAGUGCUCAUGACAUGUGGAGGAAGCUUCUCAGGCUGCCAAAAGGCAAUGGGCACACUGGGAAAUGGGCUACAUGUCUCCAAAGUUUAAAAUUGAUUAAAUCCUUGGAAAAACAAAGACCCCUUGACACCACAAGUUACCACUCAGGAUUGAUCUGUACCCUCCCAAAGAAUCAGAAAGAACUUUUGACAUAGGAUGCUUCAUGGCCAGUGGAGUGCAAUGUCCACAAUAGGGAAAUGUGAAACAUAUCAUGCUUAGACAGAAACCAUCCACAGACACACAGAUGGACAGAGAUGACUAGAGACAGAAGUAGGGAAAUCACAGAGGCCAUCUAAUCCAAUUCCGAUGAAUAAUUGAUUCAGAAAUGGCCGGGCUUGAGGCUCAUCUUGACUAAGAGGUUUUUCUACUCUGCACGCUUUUAAAGGAGGCGUUUGUCUGUUUUUUUUUUCUUCUUUUUUUUCAGUGGUUGUUUUUUCAGUCAGAUCUCCAUUUGACAUGCAACACACGGAGCGUAAAGCACUCAUCCUACUGGGUAUUUACAAAAAGUACUGUUGUUGUCCCUGCAGGCAACAUCAAAAUUUUACAGAGCAACACAUUCUUGCAUGCAUCAACGAUUUUUCAGGUGUCUCAGUAAACAUAGUAUACAAACUGUGCAAAAGUAAAAAGCACUGUAGAUUGCUUUGAUACUCAGUGGUUAGGUUUUUAGGGAAGCACAGAAAAGCUAUUUUCUUUAAGAAUCCUGCAGCGUUAAUGACGUGACUUAAAAGAAAUAAACAGGUUGGCUUGUUAUUUUCAUGAUCAGUCAGUGUAAGAUAAAUCACUGUUAUAGUUGUUUCAAGGGAAAACACCCUGUGGCAUUUUUUUUUUUUUUCUUUUCUGAUUUAAAAUGUUUCAAAACUUUCAUGUUUAAAGAUAAUGAGACAAUGUUGACAACCACAUAGUGUGUUUGCACUGUUAGAGUGGAUUCUUGGUAUGUCACAACCAAUACUGUGUGAUUGUUCAGUUUCUUAUGUGGAGUGCCAGCAAGACUAAUUCAGAAUGUCUGCCAAGAUAAACCAUGAGUUAAAAUCCACCUGAAUGUUCUGCCUGCAUGAUUCAAUGUCUUCAAAGCUUUAUAAGUCAUAUCCAUAAAUUAAGAAAAUAGCAUUUUAUUAAUCCUUUACUAAAGACAGUGAGGGGUAUGUCAUGAAAUUCCUCAGAAAAGUCCCAAACCUAAUGAGCUGCCUACCGAAACAUUUUAGGUAUCAUACGUGCUACUGACAAGAAAGCUGUAAUUGUGCUGGCAUCUGGCUAUAUGUAGACAGUAGAUAACAAGGCAGCUCACUAGGUUAUAACAGUAGUCAUCUCAGGUCUGGAUGUGGUUGUAAAUUAGUCCAUAAGCACUAGGUUUAUAUGAAGAAAGAAAGAAAAGAAACAAAGAAAUGUUACACUUUACAAUAAGGUUCUAUACAUUAAUAUUAGUUAAUGCAUUAUUUAUCAAGAAUAAACAGUGAUCAAUAUUUUAAAUUUUCUUUAUGUAAAGUUAAACAUCUAUUAGUGUAUGUAAAAUUAAUCAAGAUUAAUACAUGCUCUACAAGCACUGUUCAUUUUUUUCAUCAUGUUUUCAGCUAUUAUGUUAGCUAACUGCUUACUAUAUACAACCUUAUUGUAAAGUGUUAGUGAAAUAAAUGAUUUUCUGGUCAUGCAUAUGUUGGAUAUUUUGUUUCAAAGCAAGCAACAGAAAAAGAUGCAUUAUGUGUCAGAAAAGAUAUUUGAUUUUUCCUGUUUGCUUGAAAGUGUUAUCUGUAGUGCCAACAUGGCAUUGUUUUUUUGAUAGCAGAGUGCAUUCAAUCCAUUGAUCCUAACAUAAUUCAAGAAAUGUCAUGCUGAAAAUGAUGGUAAACUCUGAGAGGUAAACUUUAUUUAUAAUACUGCUUUAUUUUUUACUUUAAAUAUGGAUUGUGUACUUUCAGCUUCACCAAAAAAAAAAAUAAAUAAAUAAAAAAUAAAUACAAAGAAAUAACAACCACAAUAAAUUAGACAAUGGCUAUUGAUCCAACAUAGAGUUGUGUCAAAACACAUUCCUGGCUAUCUUCACAAACAUGCAUUCACAUAAAAACAUAAUGGCCUGCAUCAGUGCAGGAAGCUGUAAAAGUCGCCCCAGUACAAAAUUACCCAUGAAAAAUAUAAUCU